AUGCGUCCUGUGCUCAUUGCCGCGUGCUUGCUGCUGCUCGCCCCCAUCACCGACUCUUGGUGGGCGUCCGGCAGCGCAGUGAUUCUCGACCCUAGGAUGGUAUGUAAGAAAAACCGGCGGUCACGGGGCCGCUUGGCACAGAUCUGCAGGAACGAAACGGGCCUACUGAAGGAGAUCACCAAGGGGGUGACCCUUGGUGCGACCGAGUGUGCCUACCAGUUCAGGAACCGCCGCUGGAAUUGCACGACGCAGCGGCGCAGCAUGAGGAAGAUAUUAUUGAGGGGU